UCUGGGCUGGGGUUCAUCUCCUUUUUGAUUUUAUGUAGUCACCUCCAUGAGAACUGACUUCCAGGUGUUCAUCGGGGAAAGCAGAGUGGUCCCCGUGCUGGAAACAAGAAAGGAUGACAGUUUCUGAGACUGACUGUUGACGGCUUGGAGGUACUCACACCCCCCAUUCAAAAUGCCUUUUAAAGCAUUUGAUACCUUCAAAGAAAAAAUUUUGAAACCUGGAAAGGAAGGAGUGAAGAACGCUGUGGGAGAUUCGUUGGGGAUUUUACAAAGAAAAAUUGAUGGAACCAGUGAAGAAGAAGGUAACAUUGAACUGAAUGAAGAAGGAAGGCCUGUGCAGACAUCCAGGCAGAGACCCCCACUCUGUGACUGUCACUGCGGUGGUGUCCCCAAGCGUUACAUCAUUGCCAUCAUGAGUGGGCUGGGAUUCUGCAUUUCCUUUGGCAUUCGGUGCAAUCUUGGAGUAGCCAUCGUGGAAAUGGUCAACAACAGCACUGUAUAUGUUGAUGGAAAACCAGAAAUUCAGACAGCACAAUUCAACUGGGAUCCAGAGACGGUGGGCCUUAUUCAUGGAUCUUUUUUCUGGGGUUAUAUUGUGACACAAAUUCCAGGUGGUUUCAUUUCAAAUAAGUUUGCUGCCAGCAGGGUCUUUGGAGCUGCCAUCUUCUUAACAUCGACCUUGAACAUGUUCAUUCCUUCUGCAGCCAGAGUGCAUUACGGCUGUGUCAUGUGUGUCAGAAUUUUGCAAGGUCUCGUCGAGGGUGUGACCUACCCCGCCUGCCACGGGAUGUGGAGUAAGUGGGCGCCGCCUUUGGAGAGAAGCCGACUGGCCACAACCUCUUUUUGUGGUUCCUAUGCGGGAGCCGUGAUUGCCAUGCCGCUGGCUGGGGUGUUGGUACAGUACAUUGGAUGGGCCUCUGUCUUUUACAUUUACGGUAUGCUUGGGAUGCUUUGGUACAUGUUUUGGCUGUUGCAAGCCUAUGAGUGCCCAUCAGCUCACCCAACAAUAUCCCGUGAGGAGAAGACCUAUAUAGAGACAAGUAUAGGAGAAGGAGCCAACUUGGUUAGUCUCAGCAAAUUUAAUACACCAUGGAAAAGGUUUUUCACAUCGUUACCAGUUUAUGCAAUCAUUGUGGCAAAUUUUUGCAGAAGCUGGACCUUUUAUUUGCUGUUGAUAAGUCAGCCUGCUUAUUUUGAAGAGGUCUUUGGAUUUGCAAUAAGUAAGGUGGGUCUCUUGUCAGCAGUCCCACACAUGGUUAUGACUAUCGUUGUGCCUAUUGGAGGACAAUUGGCUGAUUAUUUAAGAAGCAGAAAAAUUUUGACCACAACCGCUGUCCGAAAAAUCAUGAACUGUGGAGGUUUUGGCAUGGAGGCAACCUUACUCCUGGUGGUUGGCUUUUCUCACACCAAAGGGGUGGCUAUCUCCUUUCUGGUGCUUGCUGUGGGAUUUAGUGGUUUUGCCAUUUCAGGUUUUAAUGUCAACCACUUGGACAUUGCCCCCCGCUAUGCCAGCAUUCUCAUGGGAAUCUCAAAUGGAGUGGGGACGCUCUCGGGGAUGGUCUGUCCCCUCAUUGUGGGCGCCAUGACCAAGCACAAGACCCGAGAGGAAUGGCAGAACGUGUUCCUCAUAGCUGCCCUGGUGCACUACAGUGGGGUGAUCUUCUACGGGGUCUUUGCUUCCGGGGAGAAGCAGGAGUGGGCUGACCCUGAGAACCUCUCUGAGGAGAAGUGUGGGAUCAUUGGCCGAGACGAAUUAGCUGAGGAGACAGAACUCAACCAUGAGUGUUUUGCAAGUCCCCAAAAGAAGAUGUCCUAUGGAGCCACCACCCAGAACUGUGAAGUCCAGAGGAAGGAAUGGAGAGGACAGAGAAGAGGGAGCCUGGAUGAGGAAGAGCUGACCUCCUACCAGAAUGAAGAGGGAACCUUCUCUGAUACGUCCUAGUGUCUGAGGGGCACUUCUGUCUUCUCCCUGCUUUAGCAUCAGAAAAUAUUCAUACCUAUUGCCUUCUCCAUAGCCUGGCUUGCCGGAGGGUCAACUACAGGGACACUGGAUGUGGAGGAGCAGGGAGAGGAGAUUUAAUUGGCAAUAGGGAAAAAAGAGGUAUCAUCUUAUUACCUUGAAAUGACAACUUGCUCGACGUUGACAGAAUGAGUAUGUGUAUUUAUGCAUAUAUUUAUGUGUGUGUAUAUAUAUAUAUACAAUUUUUUGAUUGGCAAUUGACUCUUCUUUCAAAGAACUAAACUUAUUCAGGAAGGAAUAACUAGAAGAACUAGAAGAGACAGUACCAUGUCUUUCAAGGAAAUGGAAGGAAAUGGGGAUAUUUGGCCUGGAAGAGAAAAAAUCAAGAGCUGCUACUAUAUUUUUGAGAGCAGCCAGGCAGGGGAGGUUUCCUAUUCCUAAUAAAGGCCACCACUUAGGAAGGCCCUGUAUUGUGCCAGGUGCUUUAGAAAAUUCUCAUUUACUCUUCAUACCCCUGUGACAUACAUUUCUUAUGCCCAUUUUGCAAUGAAGAAACAAAAGCAACAAGGGAUUGACUUGCCCAAGGUCAUCCUGCCAGGGACAGUGCUGAGACUGGUGGAGCCCAACAUAGGUGGCAGUUUUGGAGAAGAGGGUUUCACUUUAGGUGAGAGAAAGACAUUUUUAAUAAUGAAAACUGAAAAUGGGGAUGGGUUGUCACGUGGAUAAGUGGGUGUCCCUAAGUGACAGGCAUGGGAGGAUGGAGAACACUUAGGGUGAUGUGGCAGAGAACAUUCAAACAUUACACGAAGGACUGGAUUCAAAGGCCCUUAGGGUCCCAGGCAGUCCGAAGAGUCAGAUAAUUCCGUGAAUUUAUAGCUUUUUAAAUAAUAAGGGUCACAGACUAUGUGAAGGAUUCAAAUAGGUUAAAAAAAAAAGUUGAAGACAAAGCUGAGAAAGAUAGCAAAUUUCCAAGAAUCUGAUAGUCAGAACGGAUGAUAAUAAGUAAAUCAAAUGUCAACCCUUUAUAAUACCAAGAAUGUGGUUAAGUAA